CGUAGAACGUUAGUUUGCAGGUCUCUCUCAGCAAGGCUGAAUCGACGAGUACAUAUAACCCGCAAGUGAGACAAAAGAUCGAACAAGGUCCGAAACAUCGGAAUAGGAAGUCGUCCAGUGACCGUAAUAUUCAACUCAGUCGAGUUUCACUUCUAACCUGAAUUCACAGUCUCGUGGUGGUGCCCCUGGUGGCAACGUGCUUGCCCCCGAAGCAUACAUUCCCUUAGCCGGGGAGUUAGCUCUAAAACUACGAUGAUCGAGAGCGAAACUAACGAAGAGUCGAGUAUCAUGUGGCCGAGAGACGUUGGUAUCAAAGCGAUAGAGAUAUACUUUCCUGCUCAGUAUGUCGAGCAAACGGAGCUGGAACAGUUUGAUGGUGUGUCCGCUGGGAAAUACACUAUCGGCUUGGGCCAGUGUAGGAUGGGUUUCUGCAACGACCGCGAGGACAUCAACUCUUUGUGCUUGACGGUUGCGCACCGGUUAAUGGACAGGUAUGACAUAAAGCCAGAGGACAUUGGACGAUUGGAAGUUGGAACUGAGACCAUAAUAGACAAGAGCAAGUCAAUUAAGUCUGUCCUCAUGCAAUUGUUUGAACCGUACGACUGCACAGAUGUGGAAGGAGCAGACACGACCAACGCUUGCUACGGAGGUACUGCUGCUCUUUUAAACGCUGUGUCUUGGAUAGAAAGCAGUGCCUGGGACGGCCGGUUGGCUUUAGUCGUGGCUGGUGACAAUGCUGUGUACUCCCCCGGAAGUGCUAGACCAACUGGAGGCGCUGGGGCCGUAGCAAUGUUAAUUGGACCAGAUGCACCUUUAAUAAUUGACCGUGGAGUAAGGGCAUCGUGCAUGAAACACGUGUACGAUUUUUACAAGCCAAACUUAAAGUCUGAGUAUCCCACCGUCGAUGGGAAACUAUCAGUUUACUGUUACCUUAACGCACUAGAUACUUGCUACCAGACUUAUCGUAAAAAAGUAAAAAACAAGUAUAACUGUGGCGUGAGUCUGAAUAGCUUUGAUGCGUUUCUAUUUCAUUCUCCGUAUUGUAAGUUAGUGCAAAAGUCAUUCGCCAGAUUAGCUUUCAUUGAUUUCUUGAAUACAUCUAAAAAGGAAGUAUCUGAAAAGUAUCCAGAAUUGGCGCAGUUUCACGAUAUUAAAGUUGAAGACACAUAUUUUAAUAAAGACAUUGAAAAAGUAUUUCUAAAUUUGAGUAAGCCAGAGUUUCUACAAAAGACGCAACCUUCUUUAAUGAUAGCAAAUCAAGUAGGAAAUAUGUACACUCCAUCUGUAUAUACUGGAUUAGCUUCUUUAUUAAUUAAUAAACCCAUAAAGGAAUUGGCAGGCACUAAGGUAGGAGUAUUUUCAUAUGGUUCGGGACUCUGUUCUACUAUGUAUUCGUUAACAAUAACAAAAGAAUGUAAUGAAAAAUCAGACUUAAUGAAAAUUGUCUCCUCGCUUUCUUAUAUUAAAAAAGAGCUUGACGCUCGCCAAAAGAUUUCUCCAGAAGAUUAUACAAAGGUAUUGGAAUGGCGUGAACAGAAUUGUCACACUGUGCCAUUUAGCCCGCAAAGUAGUAUUAAAAAUAUGUUUCCUGGAUCUUACUAUCUUGUACAAGUGGAUGAAAAAUAUAGAAGAACUUACAACAGAGUAUAAAACUUUCAGUUCUUAAUUUUAACUUAAAGUUUAGCGAAUAAACUGUUUGAGGUAUUUUUAAUUCUCUAAUCAAAAUUACAAUGGUGCACAAUUAUGUAUAUAAUUUAAAAAAUAAAUUAAUAACUAGGAUAUAAAA